UAUGCUGGAAUAAAUCAAAGAGCCUUUAUUCUGGGAAAUUGAAUGAUAUGGAUUAGCUGGGAAUGAUAGAUUUGUGGUCAGUCAAAACAUACCAAUUGACAAGCUAUUUCCUUUUUACACUUGCAAUCUAGCUGAGUCAAGUGCAGAGCCUUACGUCGUCGUUAAACAAGAUCAUGACCGAACAAUCAUUUGCUAUAAGUGAUCUCAAGGCCCAGUUGAACGAAAUUCAAGAUGCUUUGAGCCGAGUGAGUUCUAAGCAAGAUAACAUGACAGCAGAGGAGAGACAGAUUCUACAGUAUGCACAAAUGAUGAAGAAUCUUGCCGAAGAAGUCAUCAUCAUCAAUCAUGCCACUGAAUCCCGAAGAAAUAUGGAUACCCAGAGCACACAAUCAUUAACCAAUGAUACACGGACAAAGCUGCUGUCUCUCACAAUACCCACCUCUGCUACACCUUCCCAUGUCAUCGAACCUACAGAAACACCUCCCCCCACUGCUUCCACACCCUCCACAGCAUUUACCUUCCAAGUUGGUAACCUUCGACACCGCUCCUCGACUGCCUCCUUCACCUCUUCCAGCAAUUCGGAUCGACAAUAUACCCAGGAUAGCGAGGAGAGAUUAUCUAGACCAUGCUCUGCUGCAUCCUCGUACCGCCACCGCCAAAAGUCAAAAUCUCGUCAUUCUCUCCGUCAACUAGAAUCUUUUAGCGAUGGCAAAAACAGUUGUCAAGGAGCAGAGUCGAGUGAUGCUUUUGACAGAAUAUGCUCUCUUUUAACAGAGCUUAUCACCGAUGCCUCUACUGCCGUUAGCACAGCCCCUGAUGGAUCCCAACAGCCAACUGAUAUACCUUUACCACAUUUUUCACCGCUUGUCCAAAGUGAAUCUGAAUUGUCAAUAGAUAGCGCUAGUGACGAAGAAGAAGUGAAUGAUACCAAUAGCAUUGGGGAAGAGCCCGAAGAUAUACCCAGCAUUGCCGCUAAAGAGCCUGAAGAUCCAUUCUUAAGGCGAUUACAUGGACCAAAAGGCAUUCAACUCAAUGAUGGCGGCGGUGUAGAGGUUGAAUUGGAGCCUGUAGAUCGGUACAGAACUGGCUUUAGAUCUCACGUUGACAAAACGCAUAAACGACUCUCAAGCUUAUUCAUGGAGCUCCAGAGCACACAAACCAUUCAGGAUGCAACACCCAAAGCAUUCAAAGGUCAUCGUAGAAUAUCGUCCGAAGUUGAUUUAAUGGAAAAGGACAAGCUGCCAAGACGUCCUCGCCGCUCGAUCUCAUCAUCACUUCCAGUAUCUUCAGUACACUCAUCACGCCCUGGUAGUGUGUGCUGGCCAACCGAGAAAAUCGCAGGGAAGAGUGAAUCGACAACUUCAAGCAUCAGCCCUCCAGAACCUCAAUUGAGCACUCGAAAACCGAGACAACGUGCCAGUAUUUCGACUUUCCGUCCAGAAUAUCUUCAGAAACAGCUUGUAGAACAUGAUAACCAGCAGAUCGAUGCAGAAUUGGAUCAUACAGUGAAGGCUAUUGAUGGAUUAAUGAAAGACUUGGUCGCUGUGGCAACCCAUCAGAACUGGAUACAGAUGAGACUCCAAAAAACUCUCCAAUUCCAGAAGGAGCAAAUACAACAGAUUGAACGCACCCACUUAACGUCAGAUGUGGCAUCCUUGGCUGGUGACCAGAGCACAUUAUCCUGUAUAGCAGACGACAUCUCAUCCGAGGAUCUUGGACUACACCCACUAGCGGAGCUAUUAAAGAGCCUCAAGCAAGUGACGAUCAACGUAGGAAAGGUACUGGCGAGCAGUGCAUCAAAUCCUACGACCAGCCGCAAGCAAUCUAUUUCUGGACAUCACGCACAAAUAGAUUUUACUGAAAAACAGCACAAGAAUAGGCUUGCAGGAAAGGGUUUUUCUCGUUAUUUCCAAGAGCUGGAGAAAAUUGCAGUCAUUGGAAGCAGGAUUGGAUUUGUUAGAGGAGAUAUGGAAGGGGCUGCUAACAUAAACCAGAAUAAUAAGGUGCGGGAUCAGUCCUCGAAGAUAUCGUGCUUCAAAUCAGUUUCGAGAGAUGCUUCUUGCAACAGAAAUUCUACAGCCACAUUGAUUGAAGAAGAAUUUGCGCCAAUCCCUGACGGACUUAAAUUCAAUCAACGUGUUGACAGCGAUGUGGAAUCAAUCAAAGGAGAACACUCUUGGCCUCAACUGCACAGAGAAAGCACUCCUGAAACACCACCAGAACUAGAAGACUUUGCAUCUCAAUGUCGCCUGCUAACCCGAGCGCUCAUUCUUCCAUUUAUUCAGCUAACUCACCAUGCCAUGAGCAGUCAAGACUCUACCCUAGCACUGACCCCUCGCUCCAGCAAGUUUUCUGAUACUACCCAGGAUUUGGAUUCAACUCUGGAAAUUGUUCAAAGUUUGGAAAAGAGCCAAAGUCCAGGAGAUUUUUCAGCCAAGCCGCAUGCAUCUUCGGUGACGGGCACCUCCAAGUUAUCCUCUAGUAACCAAAAGAAAUCGAGGGAUUCUUUAUCAUCGACUAACUGGGCCCCACCCAUAUCAUUUUCUGGUCGUAACCCGGAUUCAAUUUUGGAAAACUACAAUGAACUACCGCCAGAUGCGAUCGUCAAGGUGAAAGCAGUUAUUUCGACGGGCUUGUACCUUCUUCAUUUGCUAUACUGGACUAUCCUCUUUAUCAUCGGUACGGUUAUUUUAGAUCCCUGGCUUGCUGAGACCGCUGGUCAACAGAUAGUUAGAGUUGUGGAUCAGGUCCGGGAAGUGAUCGUCAAGGAUAAGCAAUCUUCGGGACAUAUAGUAAUUCAUGCCAUUGACCAGCAGCAGCAGCACCAGCAGCAAAACUUACACCAUAAGAAAAUCGAAGGACAUGAUCAGAAGACAGACCUGGCAUCAACUGAUCCUCUUGCUCUAGAUCAAGAUGAGCAGUUUGAUAUAUGCCUGGAUCAGAGCCGCCUGCAGGCUCAUGAAGAUCGGGCGAUCGAGAUUGCGGUUGGCUUUGAGUCGUUAAAGCAGCGCCUUUCCAAUAUGAGCUUUAGUCAGCUGAAUAGUCGACCACUUGGAGGUCAGUGGAGCAAUCAGGCCGACUUUGGCUCUAUUGCUGCGGCACUAUCAUCAACAACUACCAUGCUCGACAAUAUCCUCCCAAAUUCGAAAGAGAUGGAGAAGGGUUCAUCUCCACUUUCAUCAACUACAUCUUCGUCGACAUGUCUUUCUGGACUUGUUUCAAUGAAUGUUGGUUCGGCCAAGUCUGUGUCGCAAUACUCUGUCAAACAGCUACCUCUGAUCUUACCGCCACCCGCAGAGUCUAUGGAGGUUCGACGCAAAUCAUUCUAGUCAAUAAGAGGGAUAGUUGGUUUAUGCGAGAGUUGCUCGACAUAACUAUACCAGUGUGCGUAUUAUGUAAAAGAUGCGAAUAAACACGCAUCAAACAUAUUGUUUAUACUAAGCUUGCUUAUAAUUAAGUU